UCAAAUAAGUAAAUAUAACCUGAAAUCUAUCAAAAAGCAAAACAAAUAAAGUAUUUUAGAUUUGAAUGAGAUAAUACAUAAAAGCAUUCUCAAUAUGGUGACUCCUGAUUUCCAAGGGGAUGACUGGGAUUUACCAUGCUCAGACGACGAAAUGUCUAAAACUGGAUUGUUUAUUGGUAAAAGUUGGAUGCCCGAUCCCGCAGAAUUAGAAGAUUUAUACAAAACAAUUGAGAAAACUGGCACUUUACCAUUGGAAUGGAAAUGUCCGGGUAGACGCGCACCAUCACCACUUCCAGUCUGCAAAGAUAACCAACCAGAAAUACCCGCUUCUCCGAUAAGAGAGGAAAAGUCUGAUUUUGAUUUUAUGGAUGAAGUCAGUUCUUUGCGUUUGCGCGUUCGGAGGGAGGGAGAGGAUACGUUAAGAGGGUCAGCGAAAAAGAAAACAACAUCUUUUGAUGGCAUUUUGUCUAAUAUGAUUAGACAUAAAAGAAUAGAACAAAUGGAGAAACAGGCUAACACUCCAUCUUCCUCGCCCAAUAACACCUGAGAAUAAGUGAUCAUACAGAAGCAUUAUUUGAUUAAACAUUGUUACACUUUAAAUAUCAAGACAAAGAUGUUAUUGACUUUUAAAAAAAGCCUAAAUCCUUGAAUUUAAAAGUUUAA